AUGCCUAGACUAGAUAGAGAAUUAGUGAAGCACAAGUUACCAAUAAAAGAAGGAUACUUACUAGUCAAGCAGGCUAGAAGAAGGAUGUCUAUGCAGACAGAACUAAAAGUCAAAGAAGAAGUGGAAAGGCUUGUUAUAGCAGGUUUUAUCAAGCCAGCCAUUUAUGCUGAUUGGUUGUCUAAUAUUGUACCAGUUCUUAAAAGGAAAACAGGGGCAAUCAUGUUAUGUGUGGACUACAAAAAUCUGAAUGAAGCAUCUCCCAAAGACGAAUAUCCAAUGCUUAUGGCAGACAUACUAGUAGAUGGAGCUACUCAUAAUCAAAUGCUAUCAUUCAUGGAUGGCAAUGCAGGAUACAAUCAAAUAAUGGUGGCAGAAAAAGACAUCCACAAGACAGCCUUCAUGUGUCCAGGGCAUAUAAGUGCCUUUUAG